GACUCCAGCAGGGCACUCUCCUCUCAGAAAAUACUGACGGCGCUCGUGAAGCGAGGCACAAGAGAAAAGGCGAGACGAGUCAGUCACCUUGUGGCCAGUCUGCAUGUUUCAGCUGAGGCGGCAGCAAGCAGCACAAGCACAGCACAGCACUGCAACCAGGAUAAGGCGGUGCGCAGCAUCACAGCGAUGAGGCCCGCCAUGUCCGCUCACCUUGUUCUCGCGGCUGCCAUGAUGGUCAGCAUGGGGCUCUCCACUACUUCGCAUAUUGUGCGCUCACGGCCUGAGAUCCCAAUGUCUAUCGGCGACAGGUUGAUAGCACGCGUCCAGUACAAGGAAGACCACAAGGCCGUCCUCUUCUACCUAUGCAACCCUUCAAACUCAACGGCCGUUGAGUGUGAUACCAGGAUGUGGGUGUUCGGCGCCAACCCUGAGGGUCAGCUGCGUUUUGACCACUUCGGAGGGUGUGAGCCGACUGUGAACAGGUGUUCGCACGUUGUAGACAACCAGAAGAAUGUAACUGGCUGGGUGGACUUCCCUGCCGGUGAGAACGUGUUUGUCGUCGAGCGGCGGGGCGAGGAGCUGGCCGUCUGGCUUCAGGGCCACCCGGAGACGGAGCAUCAGGCUGCAGGCUUCGCAGCGGCGGGCCCCAGAACAUUGCGCGUCAAGCCCUGGUUCUCGUAUUAUGACAUGCCCGUCCAGUUCAGCAGCAGUGAAGGGAAAACUAUGGGGGGCAACAAGACGGGCAACCUGUAAUUUAUUGGAAAAUAUUGCCAUGGCACAAGGUGGCGAGGCGAGAGGGUGACUACGGGGUGCGUAUUCUCACAGCCAGUGGACAGCCGGUGUUGGUUCUUGUCCAAAGCGACGGCGGAACAGUGAGUACAGAACAUACAAUACACACGAUUUGGCAGUUUUCCGAUGUUAAUCAAAGUGUUUCCCAUCGCUGUGAAAAAUAGUCGUAGGUUUACGGGAAAAUUUUCCAUGAUACGAGUCGUAAAAAUCGCCAUUUCAAAUUGUACAUUUAAGCUACAGAAGCACUUAUUCGUAUCGACUUGGAAUUGAUCAAAAAGCGAUAAUGGGCUGUCGCAAAUUUACAACAUAUUUUGCAAAUAAAAAUUACUACAAAUGUUGUAGAUCCGCGAGGAUAUUUUUCACGGUGAUUGGAAACACAUAUAUGUUGUCUCCAGGCAUCACUACCCCGACACUACAGCCAAAGUUCACACUCCAUACCUUUUACUUUAAAUAUCUGAUAAUAUUUAGUGGACUGCUUAAAUAAAGCGUUCAGCAAAUAAGAAAA